CAUUAAUCUCCAGUCCUGUCCCAAAAAAAAAAAAAUCUCAAUUCAUUGCAGAAACUCACCUCUCUCUCUCUCACUCACUCAUUGGUCAAAUUCUCUCGCUCGACUUCAUCGUUAAGCUUGUAAACUCUGUUUCCCCCCACCCCCCCCCCCCCCUCUUUUUCUCUUGUUUCCUCCAGAUUGAUAGAUCUGAUUCAAAUCGAGAAACGAAAACAGAGAAUGCCGGAAUUAGCCUAUUAGGGUUUACUUUCUUAUAUUGGGUCACGAGAAAGAAAAAAAUGGAAGCGAGGAUGAAGAAAUACAGAGAAGUAGUGAGUCCAGAGAGAGCAAAAGUCUGGACAGAGAAAUCACCAAAGUAUCAUCAGAAGAUCAAGAAAGUCCAAAUUGUUUAUUACCUCUCCAAGAAUCGUCAACUUGAGCAUCCUCAUUUCAUGGAAGUCUUGAUUUCUUCUCCAAACGGUUUAUACCUUAGAGAUGUUAUAGAUAGGCUUAAUGUUCUUAGAGGUAGAGGCAUGGCUUCAAUGUAUUCUUGGUCUAGUAAAAGAAGCUAUAGGAAUGGUUUUGUUUGGCAUGACUUAUCAGAAGAUGACUUAAUUCUACCAGCUCAUGGGAAUGAGUAUGUUCUUAAAGGUUCUGAGCUAUUUGAUGAAUCCAAUUCAGAUCAUUUUAGUCCAAUUGCGAAUUCAGCGACACAAAACAUGAAGCAGAUAGUUGUGGAGCCACCAUCAUCUAGAAGCAUGGAUGAUUCAUCUUCCUCUUCGAGUAUGAAUAAUGGGAAGGGGACUAAUAAGCAUUCUCAGGAAGACGACGAGCUUUCUCCUCCAGCUCUUCGCUCUGUUUCUUCCUCUGGUGUAUCUCCUGACUCUAGAGACGCCAAGAACUCAUCUUCUUGGUGUUUAGCUGAGUACAAAGUGUAUAAAAGCGAAGGACUCGCAGACGCUUCUACACAAACCGAUGAAACUAUUACCGGUUGCUCUAAACAGACCUUUAGCAGAGGUGUUUCAACUGAUGAUGAUGGCUCAUCAGAGCCUGAAACCAGCGAAAACAUUCUCGUGAGCGAGGCUUCGUGUGCAGGGAAAGAGAGUGAGAGUGCGGAAAUAUCAAGAAACUCUGUCUCUCCACCAUUUUCCAACAGCGCAAAGACAGAUACUUUGGAGUCUCUUAUAAGAGCUGAUGUUAGUAAGAUGAAUAGUUUCAGGAUUCUUGAACAAGAAGAUGUUAGAAUGCACGCUAAUCCGAGGCUUAAGGCCUCGAAUAUGCUGAUGCAGUUGAUAUCUUGUGGCUCAAUAUCAGUCAAGGACAACAACUUCGGCCUUGUACCCACUUAUAAACCGAAGUUUGGCCACUCGAAGUUUCCUUCCCCGUUUUUCUCCUCGUCGUUUAUGAUGCAAGAUCUUGAUCGUUUGUCUGAAACACCGAGCUUAAUGAGCCUGAGAUUAGAGGAGAAAGAGUAUUUUAGCGGGAGUUUGGUCGAGACCAAGCUGCAGAAGAAGGAUGCCUCAGUUGGGAAUACUUCUCUUAAGCGUUCUUCUUCCUACAAUGGUGACAGGGCAUCCAACCAAAUGGGUGUAGCAGAGAACGGAGAAUUAAAACCUGGUGGUUCGAAAUACAUUCCACGCUCGGGAAAGACGCAACAACCACGCAGCGAGUCCAUGAGAUCUCCUGUUUUAGACAAGGCAAGAGACUCAUCAAAAGAUACUGCCAAGAACGUGCCCAGCCCUUCUAAAACACCUGAUGUGUGCAGUAAAAGAAUAACAGAAUCUUUGAGGAAGCCUGAUUCUUUUAGAGAAGAUGAGGAGAAGGUGAUCAAGAUUGAUGAAAGGCUUGCUUCAGGAGCACGGGUUAUAAUCCAAUCAAAAGUGCCUUCAGCCAGUUCAUGAGGAACCCCUAAGCAAGCUUCGAAGGCGGUUUUUUGAAAAUAUUUGAAUGUGAAAAAGGUCCUUUUUUGUUUGUCUUGUGGCGGGCUUCUUUCUUUAUUUGAUUAUGUUGUGAUUGUAAAUCUGGAAAAGAUGGUAUGAAAAAGGGGGAACGAAAAAAGUGUUUCAUAGAAAGCCUAAAAAAGAUUCAGAGAGCACUUAAUGUUUGGUUAUUGGGCAGUGAAAAGAUGUAAGUAUGAUUUGAGAGAAAGAAAAUUUGGAAGGAGAAA